AUGAUUGCAGAAGAAAUAACAAAUUUGGAUAUAGAAGGAGGUUAUGCUUAUGCAAUAAGUUUAAAUAAUGAACAACAAUUUGCGUAUGAUACAAUUAUGGAAAAAGUGGAUUCAGAAUUGAGUGGGAUCUAUUUUAUUGAUGGUCCAGGAGGAAUGGGCAAAAAUUUUUUGUAUGAUGCUCUAUUAGCUGGUAUGAGGUCUCAAAAUUUAGUUGCUUUAGCCACAGCGUCUUCUAGAGUAUCUGUAUCUCUUUUACCUGAAAGUCGAGCAGUUCAUUCAAGAUUUAAAAUUCCUUUAGAGACAGAUGGUGAAGUUAGUUGUUCUGUUAGUAAGCAAUCAGCUUUAGAAAUUUUGUUAAAGAUGUCGAAGUUAAUACUUUGGGAUGAAGCGCUUAUGGUAAAUCCUUACACCAUUGAAGCAGUUGAUAAAAUGCUCAAAUAUAUUAUUGAUUGUAGUUUACCCUUUGGUGGAAAAGUAGUUGUUCUAGGAGGCGAUUUUCGCCAAGUUUUACCAGUGAUAUCGAGGGGGGAAAAAGAAGACAUAAUAAGAGCUAGCUUAGUGUUUUCUGAUUUAUGGCCUUUAUAUUCACAUUUACCAUUGAUUUUCGGUGAAAUUUACACAUAUUAUAACUUUGAUGAAGCAAUUGAUAAAUCAGAACAAAGCUUACAAGAAGAUUUCUUGAAUACUUUGACUUUGAAUGGGAUUCCACCAUAUUAA